AACGUCACAAACUCCCGCAUUUUCUGUUUUUGUUCUCGCCACGGUGCCAACGGAUUAUUUCUCGCGUCUGCUCCAGUUCGUUGCCGUGUUCGGGGCCUCAUUUGAAGAUCACACUACAGUCACUGGCGCUGACACCUCACCGCGUUGUCCCCGAAUUUCGGUAGGAAUUUCAAGAUUAUGCACAACACUCUACGUUCGCAGUAACUAGCUGUCAGGAAUUUCGCAACGUCAACUUCGCGAUGUGCUCAUCGGCGAUUUCUGCGAUGAAUGGCAUUCUCGCCAAACGUCUGCCGGCGUUCGCUGUGUCACGCCGCUGGUGUUCCGUAGCGCACACGCUUCGCGUCAAGCAGGAGAUCGAGGAAAAGCGGAAAGCGGCCCUGCUUGGCGGUGGACAGAAGCGAAUCGACACGCAGCAUAAGAAGGGAAAGCUGUCGGCGAGGGAGAGGCUGUCUGUCCUACUGGACCCUGGCACCUUUGUCGAGUAUGACAUGUUCAUGGAACACACAUGCUCGGACUUUGGCAUGGAAAAGCAAAAGUUCUCCGGAGACAGCGUUGUCACGGGUCAUGGCGAGAUACACGGCAGAAGAGUGUUUGUUUUUAGUCAGGACUUUACCGUGUUCGGGGGCAGUCUUUCCAGUGUACAUGCCAAGAAGAUAUGCAAGGUGAUGGACCAAGCGAUGCUGGUGGGUGCUCCAGUGAUUGGCCUCAAUGAUUCUGGGGGAGCGAGGAUCCAGGAAGGCGUGGAGUCCCUGGCGGGCUACGCGGACAUCUUCCAGCGCAACGUGCUCUCGUCUGGUGUGGUGCCCCAGGUGUCUGUGAUCAUGGGUCCCUGUGCAGGCGGUGCCGUCUACUCGCCCGCCAUCACAGACUUCAUCUUCAUGGUGAAGGACACUUCGUACCUCUUCAUCACGGGUCCGGAUGUCGUCAAGGCUGUGACCAACGAGGACGUCACCCAAGAGGAGCUGGGCGGGGCCAAGACUCACACGGUCACAUCGGGGGUGGCCCACAAGGCCUUCGAGAAUGACGUUCAUGCCCUGUUGCAGCUACGUCGCUUUUACGACUUCAUCCCCAUGAACAACAAGAGUGGCCCUCCGAUUCGCAAGUGUUACGACCCCUGGGACCGCCUGGUGCCCAGUCUAGACACGGUGGUUCCUCUGGACAGCAUGGCAGCCUACCACAUGCUGGACGUUAUCCUUGACGUGGUGGAUGACCGGGACUUCUUUGAGAUCAUGCCCAUGUAUGCCAAGAACCUGAUUGUGGGCUUCGCCAGGAUGAACGGCCAGACCGUGGGAGUGGUGGCCAACAACCCCAAGUCUGCAGCCGGUUGCCUGGACAUCAACUCAUCGGUGAAAGGUGCACGCUUUGUGCGCUUUUGUGAUUCCUUCAACAUCCCCAUCUUGACGUUUGUGGACGUGCCAGGCUUCCUUCCAGGGACCUCUCAAGAAUAUCAGGGAAUCAUCAGGCAUGGGGCCAAGCUCCUGUACGCUUACGCCGAGGCCACAGUGCCCAAGAUCACCGUCAUCACACGCAAGGCGUACGGCGGUGCGUACGACGUGAUGAGCUCCAAGCACCUGCGGGGCGACAUCAACUACGCAUGGCCCACGGCCGAGGUGGCGGUCAUGGGAGCCAAGGGGGCUGUCUCCAUCCUGUUCCGGGGCCAGAAGGACGUGGCCAAGUACGAGGACCAGUACAUCAGGAAGUUCGGCAACCCGUUUCCGGCGGCCAUCAGAGGUUUUGUGGAUGACAUAAUUGAGCCGCAUACGACGCGGAAGAAGCUCUGCAAGGAUCUGGAGCUCCUGCAAAGCAAGCAGCUCAAGAAUCCAAAGAAGAAGCAUGGCAACAUUCCUCUCUAAGGCUGGUCUUGAUUACAAGUUGCCAAUCCAUUUCCCAGCCAGCUUUCCGGCAAGCCUUGGGCACACAAGAACUUGUUUUUACAAAUUAUUUGUGAGAGUUGUGUCGAAGUUUUGUACCAUCAUUGCAUUCAUUAAUCUAGGUACAUAGUAUUCAUUUGUACCAGCUAAUCUGGAGAUACUGGAUUCUCCCAAGUUUCCACUCUCGAAUGUGCACCACAUAGGAGUGGCACCAAAUGGAUGAACACUUUCUAGAUGGUUGCUUGGCACAAGUAGGCUGGGAUUUUCCUGUUUUUUUGUUUCUUUACCUUUAUUUGUUACAGUGUGCUUGGUACGUGCAGCGUGGCUGACUAGGAGUUGUUUCAAGUAGAGCUGGAAUGAGAUUAAAUUACUAAAGCUCUAAAAAUAAGUUUAAUUUUCUACCGUUGGAACAAUCAAGUGUUUGCUAUGUUCCCCUUGCUUUGGCUAGUAUCAGCAUGGCACAUUUCAGUAGAUAAGCAGGCUGUUUUGAACCCUGAUGUGCACUAUGGGAUUUAGUUCCAUCAAGUAGUUACAGGCUCUAGUUUUGAGAAAAAUGGAUAUUUAAAAUAAUGUGUACACCAGCAUUUCACAAGAUGUUCCAGCCUUUCAUUGCGUCGGGUAUGAAUUCAGAAUGAUUCCCGGUGGUUUUUGUGCAUAGACGGGUCUGCAAGAGCCAUUUGCGUGAUAUGGAUUUUUGGCUUUGGUGCCUGUGAUAACUGUGAAUACCUCAGGACAUGUUUGUUGGUGAGGAAGCUCUCGCUGCGAGAGCAUUUACUCAAAGCAAUGCAUGGAGGUCUCGUGGAUCAAUCAAUGUGAUUAAUGGUAUUGUGGAUUGCUCAGCUUGGUCAUGGUCAUCUCCUGCGUGGUGCCAAUGGCUGGACCCCCAUUCUGAACUGAUGCUCUUUUUUCUGUUAUGUGCGUGGAAGUCUCGACUUAGCGUUUUUGUGCACAUGUCAAAGAAAGUAUACUGAAGGCCUGGCAUGUUUCCGAGAAUCACUUGCAUCUCAGUUUUUACACUAUGUUCAGAGACAUGUAGUGUUGCUAGGGCUGGGCAUCAAUUACAGAUUUGAUUCCUACUAAUCGGCACCCUUCGGUUGAUGCUUUUUUUUUGUGAUAAACGCUGCAACGUGCAUUAUAGUUGGGGACAAACUUGCACAGUUGAGUACAGUUGAAAGAUAUUCGCAGAUUACGGUAUUAUUCCGCCGGCUAGACAUUGCAGAAGGAUUUUUCUUGUCUUUUGGGACAUGGGCGAGUUGCCCCUUGCUACACUGGACAGGUGCUCAAGGAACAUUGAACUAGAAGAGACAUUUUUUUUCAUGACCGACACACUUCAGAGCCCAAGGAAGCCCUGCAUCAAAACUUCAGUCUGCCAUUUGUCAUGUCGGCUGUGGAACAGACACGCCCAGGCUUUUCCAUCGAGCUGUCUUGAGCGGCACGACGUGCCACGACGUGCGACUGGCCCAUUGUAAAAUUCAGCAGUUUUGAGGUAAUUGGCAGCGUCGCUGGUACUACCUUGAUGACGGAUCAUGAAAGAACUGUUUCCAAUUGUCGCCUUGAGCACCUCUGAGUGGCAGUCGUCGACGUCACAGGAGAGAGGGGAAAAGCCUUGAACCCCUUCAAGUAUAUCACUGACUGGGUGCACAGGUAGACUGGUGAAAAUGAGGCUGCGGGACUUUGUUCCUUUUGGGGAAUAUCCGCCUGCCGGCAACCUGCUGUCCUUGAGGAGUGCCCUCUCUGCUUUUGACGCUGUGCUGCUGUGUGUAGCGGUCGCCAAGAAAGCCAUAUAUCGUCUUUUCGGUAAUUGGACACAGCCUUCAUGCUGGAUCCAGGCCUGCCUUAACCACGAUUAAUGGUGUUAUUUGUGAGUUUCCUGCUAUCGAGUAGGAUAGUGUUGCAUUUUAGGAAUGAGCAAUGGCAGCAAAAAAAAAAUGUAAAAGGAAAAUUAAUUUUUUUUGUUUUGGUUUAGCCAGUUUUAAGUUCAACCGAUUAACCAGUUAAAAUAAUUGCGAUUAAAGCAUUUAUAGAUUAAUCGGAAGGUCAGUCGAUCAAUCGCCCGGCCCUAAAGUUGUACAACAGAUGUCUAUAGGAUCCUGCUUUCUUUAGAAAGCAUUGUUAGCAUUUAGCACUAAUUAAGGUAUGUUUUCAGAAUUCCAUGUCUUCCACAUAUACUAUUAUACUUCGUGUCACUAGUUGCGUAGAGUAGAGGAGAAGGCAACGCCGGGCAAGGAGAGAAAGGGCAAGCACCAAGAAAGCUGGGGAGGAGGAGAGAAUCCAUCUCUCCUCUCUAACAUUCCUAGUGCUUUCCCUUCCUCCCCUCGCCCUGCACUGCACUCCUCUCCCAUCCUGCCUUCCUAGUGCUCGCCCUUUCUCUUUUCGCCUGGCGUUGUCUUCGCCUGCACUGCACACAACUAGUGGAAUGGAGUAUAGAUAGUUUGAUUGGACCAUUUUUAGAGGUGUGUGAUAGCGGGCAACAAUAUUUUGGAUAUAAAGCGUUUCCUUGGUUA